AUGGAUGGUAGACCUGCCUAUGAGAGGACUCUCAAUGAGUCCCGACUCUUUCAACAGCUCCCUAAUGAGGUCGUGGAGCUUAUUCGCGCGGCUUCGGGGACUCAGUACCUAAACGCGCUUGCGGUUGGCGCAUUGAAGCCGCAAUGUACAGAAGGAUUUUUUGCCCUAUACGAACCGAUUUUUGUCGACAUCGCAGCACGGUGGCUGCAAUCCGAUAUCCCUGUUAACCAAGUCGACGUCCUUUCUGCAUUCGCGCGUAUCCUACCUUUUGCGCCAUACCUCCGAUCAUUUGCCAGCCAAUACACCUCGUCUCGAGCUGGACCUCUAUCGAAAGAACUAAAGCUUUUGCAGCUGGACGACACUACCAUCCGUACAUUACUCCUUUCCGUUUUUCGCCUUCUUUCAUUUGACCUCGAAGUAUUCUCAAACGCCGUGUCGCCGUCACAAAUCCAGACUCUUUUCUGUCGUUCAGACCGUUCGAUAAGAUACCUCGCCGUACGAUGCUUUGCUCUAUACAUGCAUGCAGCAGAUGCUGCGACGGAGAAAAUGGUUCAGAAACAUGUUGGGAAUGAGCCAAUUGAAGGGGAAUGGGAAGGCAUUGUGAUUGACUACCGCUGCCUGGGGCUGUGGGAGGAACGGCGAUGGGAAAUGCUGGAAAAGCAGGUCCAAUAUGCCAGGUCAACCCGGCCGGACGCAGAAUGCUUACCACAGGCAGAGGCGCUACGGGAGUUUUUCACUACACGGACAGGGGAAGUCUCCGGUAUUUUGAUUCCGAAGCUCAACGAGGCACCGGUCCCUCCCUCAGCUAUCGUGAGAACACCGACAGCCGUGGGGAACCUACGCAAGAUUGCAAGGGCCUUGCUCGACCCUCAACCUCUCUUAUUAGUUGGUUUACCGAACUCCGGAAAGACGUCUUUGAUAAACGACAUUGCUGCAACCAUGGGCCAGUCAGAAUCUAUGGUCACACUCCACUUGAACGAGCAGACUGACGCUAAGAGUCUUCUGGGAAUGUACUCGACAUCACCUGCAACGGGAUCAUUUGCUUGGCAACCGGGUGUGCUAACCAAGGCCGCGAGAGAGGGCCGGUGGAUCUUGAUUGAGGACCUCAAUCGCGCUCCAUCUGAAGUUAUCGGUCUCAUUCUCCCAAUUAUUGAGAAGGGAGAGCUCACUAUUGCUAGUAGGAAAGAGCGGAUCAAGUGCGCUGAUGGAUUUAAGAUCAUUGCGACAAUGAAGUCUUCUUAUAACAUUGCUGGUGAAGAAGUCGCACCGGCUACCACUAUUCUUGGGAGCAGACUGUGGCAGCGGGUACAGGUCGAUUCUCUUUCCAUUGACGAGAUUCGGGAUGUGAUCAUGCAGAAGUUCCCUCUGCUUGAGUCUCGUGUACCUGUCAUUAUGGACGCCUAUCAGCGACUUUGCUCCGCGUUCCAUGGGAACCUCGCCGUCCGGAGCUCGCAGGGACGGACACCAGGUUUCCGCGAUCUCAUCAAGCUAUGCAGCCGGUUGCAUAGACGCUUAGAGCGUCUAGGUGCCAAGACGGGCUACGAACCCACUCCUGAAGGCACUGAAGACGAAAUAUUCCUAGACACUGUUGACAUCUUCCUCAGAUACAUUCCCGAGAAGUCCAUGGAAAGCUCGCUGGCAGCAGUCGUGGCCGAAGCGCUUCAGAUGUCUCCUCAGAGAGCAGGUUUUGCCCUUAAUGAGCGGACCCCUGCGUACUCGGAUCAGGGUAGCAACUUGAUACUUGGAAGGGAAAACUGCCGAAAGAUGAAGGUUCCAAGUACGUCAGCAUCCAAGCUCGCGGCCGCAUCUUCCCGAUUUGCUUCCACCCGGUCCGCUUUGAAGCUUAUGGAACAAGUUGCUGCUUCGGCACAGAUGGCUGAACCUACUCUCCUCGUCGGUGAGACGGGUAUUGGAAAGACGACAGUUGUCCAGCAGCUCGCGACAUUGAUGCGACAGAAGCUGACAGUUGUAAACUUAUCGCAACAGAGUGAAAGCUCUGAUUUGCUGGGUGGUUUCAAACCCGUCAACAUCCGUACAAUGGCGGUCCCAAUGUUGGAUGAGUUCACCACACUGUUUGAGUUGACAUUCUCGGCAAAGAAGAAUCAGAAGUUCUUAUCGUCAGUCACCAAAAGUGUUGCGAACGGGAAUUGGGCACGCUUGGUGAAUCUCUGGCAUGAGGCCGUUCGUUUGGCUGAAGCUGUGUUUAAUGUAAACCGUGCUCCAGGUGGUGACGAGCAACCAAGCAAGAAGCGCAAGCUGGAUUCGCCAAAGUAUCAGCUCCUUCGACAGAGAUGGGAACGGUUUACGACUCAGCUCGGUGAUUUCGAAGCCCAGGUGUCCCAAGGAGAUGCCAAGUUUGCCUUUGCUUUCGUCCAAGGAAAGAUUGUCCGGGCACUACGGAAUGGUGAAUGGGUUCUCCUCGAUGAAGUCAACUUGGCAUCGCCAGAUACUCUUGAAAAUAUUGCCAGUCUUCUCCAUCACGGCAGCGAAGGAUCGCCUUCUGUUCUGCUUUCCGAAGCUGGUGAGGUUGAGAGGGUGUUCGGCCAUCCUGACUUCCGCAUUUUCGGUGCCAUGAACCCUGCCACAGAUGCAGGGAAGCGUGAUCUCCCUCCCGGCCUCCGCUCUCGUUUUACCGAAUUCUACGUCCACUCGCCCGAUAACGACCUUGAUGAUUUGUUUGCCCUUAUCCAGAAAUACCUCGGAGACUUGACAAUAAGUGAUUCGCGGGCUGUGCCGGAUCUUGCGCAGCUCUACAUGGAGACCAAGAAACUCAGCACCGACAACAAACUUACUGAUGGAGCUGGUCAACGUCCACACUUCAGUAUCCGUACCCUUGUUCGCGCCCUUAUCUAUGUCGUCGAUCAUGCACACAUUUACGGGUUGCGCCGCGCAGUCUUUGAGGGAUUCUCCAUGAGUUUCCUGACCGUGCUGAGCCAAGAUUCUGAGCGGCUGCUGAUGCCUCUUUUGGAGAAGUACAUUUUCAGCAACACCAGAAAUGCAAGAGCCCUUCUUGGACAGACGCCGCGGCCCCCGAAUGACGGCAACCAUUAUGUGCAAUUCAAACAUUAUUGGAUGCGACAAGGGCAUCUGAAACCAGAGCAGCAGCCCCAUUACAUUAUCACUCCCUUUAUUGAGAAGAACCUGAAGAACUUGGUCCGAGCCAGUUCGACUCGCCGAUUUCCAGUUUUGCUGCAGGGACCGACGUCCGCUGGUAAGACAAGUAUGAUUGAGUAUCUUGCGAAGGUUUCGGGGAACAAGUUUGUCCGUAUCAAUAACCACGAACACACGGAUCUGCAAGAGUAUCUUGGAUCGUACGUGUCCGGCGAGGACGGGACCCUUCGUUACCAAGAAGGUAUCCUGGUAGAAGCGCUCAGACAUGGCUACUGGAUCGUUCUUGAUGAACUUAACCUUGCACCGUCGGACGUUCUGGAGGCUAUGAACCGGCUUCUCGAUGAUAAUCGUGAACUCUUUAUACCAGAGACCCAAGAGGUCGUUCACCCUCAUCCCAACUUCAUGCUCUUCGCUACUCAGAAUCCCGCUGGUCUUUACGGUGGCAGAAAGGUGCUGUCUCGUGCUUUCCGGAAUCGUUUCCUCGAGCUGCACUUCGACGACAUCCCGGAGAAUGAGCUGGAAUUCAUUCUCAAGGAACGGUCCCAAAUUGCCCCUUCGUUUUGCGCUAGGAUCGUGGCUGUCUAUCGAAAGCUGUCCUUACUGCGUCAGACAAACCGGCUUUUCGAGCAGAAGAACAGUUUCGCAACCCUUCGUGAUCUCUUCCGGUGGGCUCUCCGGCCAGCAGACGACCGUGACCAGCUUGCUGUCAACGGUUUCAUGUUACUCGCCGAACGUGUCCGGAACCCGCAGGAGAGAGCGGCCGUCAAAGGUGUGAUCGAGGAGGUCAUGAGAGUGAAAAUCGACGAGGAUAUUAUUUAUAGCUCGCGGUAUUUGGAGAAGUGCGCUCAAGGCGUGACACAACUCGCGCCGGGCAUUGUGUGGACCAAGGCGAUGAGGCGACUUUUCGUACUGGUUUCCAAGGCAAUUCAGAAUAACGAGCCCGUUCUUCUCGUUGGUGAAACUGGAUGCGGAAAAACGCAGCUUUGCCAGGCCGUUGCAGAGGUUUAUGGGAAGGAGUUGUCCAUUGUCAAUGCACACGUUAACCUGGAGACAGGAGAUCUCAUCGGAGCACAGAGACCUGUGCGAAACAGGUCAGCGAUUGAAAAGCAGUUAUUUAGUGAUCUUCGAGCAGUCCUUGGGGAAAGAGCUUCGAAGUCGGCUUCACUUGACGAACUGAAGCACGGUUUCGCAGCAUUGAGUGCGGAACAGUUGACCACGUACGAUCCUGAAGUUCUCCGGCGAGUCCAGCACAACAUUGCCCGGUCUAACGCUUUGUUCGAAUGGACCGACGGAAGUCUCAUUUCCGCAAUGAAAUCAGGACAGUUCUUUCUUCUGGAUGAAAUUUCUCUCGCGGAUGACUCGGUGCUGGAACGCCUUAACAGUGUCCUGGAGCCUCAACGGUCGAUCCUCCUUGCCGAAAAGGGACCUAUUGAUUCUAUGGUGGUAGCCGAUGGCGGGUUCCAGUUCCUCUCGACAAUGAACCCUGGUGGUGACUACGGUAAGCGUGAGCUUUCCGCCGCUCUUCGUAACCGUAUGACCGAAAUUUGGGCUCCGCAGCUGUCCGAAGACGAGGAUAUCUUGCCAAUUCUCCAGAAGAAACUUAAUCUGGGCCGGGAGGAAGUUUCCAUGGCGAUGUUGCAUUUUGCUAAAUGGUUCAAAUCGACGUUUCAGAGUUCCUCCACAACUUCUCUUUCAAUCCGUGACCUCCUCGCCUGGGUCGAUUUCGUGAACAAAUGCCAAACUUCGGAUCUCCUGUUCGCAAUUGUGCAAGGUGCUGCGAUGGUUUUCAUCGAUACUUUGGGUGCGAAUCCUGCCGCGAUGCUCGCAAUGUCGCUGCAUGAUUUGGAGGGCAACCGCCAGCGUUGUCUCGACAAGCUGCAAGAUCUGUUUGCCGUUGACGCAUCUGGUAUCUACUGGCAGAAGUCAACCGUUACUGGGAAGGAUGGGUAUCUGCACAUUGGUCCUUUCGAUCUCCUUGUUAAUGGCGAUGCGACGCCAGACCCUGAUUUCAUCAUGGAUGCUCCGACCACUAUUGCCAACUCAGUCAGGAUUGCUCGCGGCCUACAGUCGUCUAAGCCGAUCCUUCUCGAAGGUAGCCCAGGUGUUGGUAAAACCACACUUGUUGCCGCUCUGGCCAAGGCGCUCGGAAAGCCUCUCACCAGAAUCAACCUUUCCGAGCAGACUGACCUUACGGACCUGUUUGGUUCCGAUGUGCCUGUGGAGGGAGGCGAUGUUGGCCAAUUCACCUGGCGCGAUGCUCCUUUCUUACAGGCAAUGCAACGCGGCGACUGGGUUCUUCUCGAUGAAAUGAACUUGGCUUCGCAGUCAGUGCUCGAAGGUCUCAACUCUUGCUUGGAUCACCGUCAAUUGGUCUACGUUGCAGAACUCGAUCAAACUUUUAAGAGACAUCCCAACUUUGUUCUGUUUGCUGCGCAAAAUCCCCAUCACCAAGGUGGUGGACGGAAGGGUCUUCCAGCGUCCUUUGUCAACCGUUUUACUGUUGUGUAUGCGGAUAGCUUCACCGACACCGAUUUGAAGAGAAUUUGCGCGAGACUCUUUCCCGGAAGUCCCCAAGUGCAGACUGACAGGCUGGUUGAUUUCAUCUCAUUGCUGAACAUUACCAUCACUCAGGAGCGCCGACUUGGAGCUGUUGGCGGUCCUUGGGAAGUCAACCUUCGUGAUAUCCAAAGAUGGCUUCAACUGGCAGAUCGUGGUGAUUUGCAGAUCCCAACAAACAAUUUCCUCGAUGUUAUAAUCGCCCAGAGGUUCCGGAGCCCGGAAGAUCGAGAGAUGGUAUCCAAACUAUACAAGCGGAUUUUCACCGAUGCGCCGACAAACGCCAAAAGCUACUACCACAACCUGACGCCCGAAUACAUGCAGGUCGGUCUCGGAACCAUGAGGAGAGAUCCUCUUGUGCAGCGGACGCCUGAACCCCAGAUGAAGGUCCUUCCUACAGACUUGUCCAUCCUCGAGUCGCUUAUGCUUUGCAUAGAGCAGUCAUGGCCGAGUAUCCUGGUUGGAUCCACUGGCUGUGGAAAAACGACACUGAUCAGGAAGGUUGCUGCCGUGAACGGUGCUCAACUGGUAGAGUUGGCAUUGAGCGCUGACACCGAUACGAUGGAUUUGAUUGGUGGGUUUGAGCAGAUUGACCACAACCGGGAGGUCUCUUCCCUUAUGCAGGAGAUUGCGCGGUUCAUUCAGCAGAACACAAUCUCCGCCUAUUCAUCGGACGGAAUUUCAGACUCAUUCCUGCCUUUCCUCGAGCUUCAUGAGAUGAUCCAAAGCUCUGAUGUCUCUCUGGAAGCGCUAUGCUCCACUCUUUCAACCUUGCUCAAGUCCUACCAGGAUCCAACACUCCAACAAUUCCUCUCACGCGCCCAGGGUUUGUUCAAUCUCUCGAGGAAUUCGGACAAGAUGAAGGUUGGCUUCGAAUGGACUGAGGGUGUCUUGACCCAAGCCGUUCAGAAUGGGCACUGGGUUGUUCUAGACAAUGCCAACCUGUGCAAUCCGUCCGUUCUCGACAGGUUGAACUCUCUCACUGAACCGAACGGAACCCUCAUUCUGAACGAACAGCGUACGGAGGAUGGAUCUGCCCGCAUCAUCACACCGCAUCCGAACUUCAGACUCUUCUUGACAAUGGACCCUCGUCACGGCGAGUUGUCCCGUGCCAUGCGGAACCGAUGUGUUGAGAUCUGCUUCUUGCCUCAAGAGACUGACGAUUACAGGUCCACGCUUGGACCUGCCUACACCUGUGAGUCAUUCUUGUACCGUCUCCGGACUGCGUGGAACUUCGACUCCCAACCAGGUGAUGAGAAGCUGGCCGGAAAGUCGUAUGAACUACGUCUUGACCAUCUUUCUGCUCGGGAUCUGGCCUACUUGCAGCGCUCAGAGGGUUCUUUGCCAUGGAAUUCGGAGCCGUUCACAUCAAUACUCCGCCGCUACCUGUCGCUGGUACACGACAAUGCUGCCUGGAAGCCACUGGACCAACUCAAGGCGCAAGUGGUUUUGGGAGGUGCUCCUCUCGCCAUCCAGGGGGAGUCACAACCAUUGCACCCUCUUGUAAAUGAGCCACUGGCUUUGAUCUCGGGAUCGAAGGCGCCUCUUCCUUGGCUCACUUUGUUAGCCCGCCUUCAAGAGUGUAAGCUUGACCUUUACUACCUGAAGCAAGGUUUGCAACUGGCAGACGAGUCUGGGAAGCUUCUCAAGCCGAGUGAAAUGACUCCAUUGGAGCGUUCUCUCGCAUCGAGACGAAUACCCUCGUUGAUGAAGGAUGCAACGCAACCUGUUGGAUUUUUCCUUUCCGACUGUGGCCAGGCAUUGUAUGAUUUCAUCCAGCGGCUGGAUCACCAAGUCUUCCAAGUUCCAACCGUAGCAUCUGUCCUCCGAGCCGUUGUCGAUUUCUGCGCCGACAUUUUCAAGGUUAGUGAAGUCAAGCAAGUGGAUGAGGGAGAGUUCCAGAUCUAUCUCCAAAUUGGAAGGGAGCUGUAUGCCGCUCUCUUCAACUCUUCGCCCUUCUUUCAGCCUUUGGCGGUUUCUUUGUCGCAAUACCUCAGUCGUUUCCAGGCUGGGUGGGCUUUGACGACAGGUCUCAGUAUGCAGAAGAUCUGGGACGCUUGGAGGCCUGCAACCCCUGCAACCCAAAGUCAGUUGGAUCUAGUCAUGCAACUGGAGGCCGUGGCCCACGAAUUCGGGAAACUCGCUACCAAGACCCGCCUUGAAUUGUCACAGUUGAGUCACGUGCGGAACUCGCUCAUCGACGCACAACGGGCUGUCCUCAUAGACGGUGCCGAUGGAGAGCUGCUUGUCGAGAGUCUCAAGCAGACAGUCACGGAGCUAACAAGCGCCGUACGCCACACCGAUUCCUCCCAGUACCCGUAUUUUGCGGGCGAUUUUGAGGCGUUGUGCCAAUACCAUGAUGUUUCUUUGGAUAAGAAGGAAGCGGACACCGUUGUCGGGUCUAUUAUGCCCCUCCUCGCUGGCCGCCCCGCGAGACCUGUUGAUGCCUCGAACCUUCAGAGUGAGAUCCCAGGUAUUCUGCAUAAGUUGGCACAAUUAUCUGGGUCUGGCGACUCGACAACACUCGCGCCUGCAAUAGCCGGCACUGCUUCCCUGUCUUUGCUCGAGAAGGCCGUGUUCGUUGACACUACCAGCUUGGGUCAAAUGGAGUUCCUAGAGGCAGAAAAGCAGGCACUGUCCAAGUCUGUUGCGUUGACUAGUAAUGAAAUCGCCAUGGACCAGGUGAAGGUUCUCAGACAGGCAUUAGCAAAAAUAGCUCUCGAAUCUGUCAGUCUCCACAGGGAAUUAUUCGAGCCGCAGUCCCUUGAGUACAUACUUACGGUUCUGCGGACUAUUGAGAAGCAAGGCUCGUACAAUGACUGGCAGCCUUCGAAUUGUCGCCUCGAGAAGAGCCUGCAAGAUGACCAUUACUUCAAGGCAUUUGCGGAACGAGCGCUCCCUGGCCUCGUUUCGACCCUUGUGGCUGGUGCGCAGAACCAAGAGGACAAUAUCCGGAAUGCUGGAGUAGCAACUAUUGAACUAGCAACGAUCCUACUGCGUCUUUAUGUGCCCGACAAACCUUUCGACCCCUCGCUCGGCCUGGUCGUCCAGCGCAAGCGACAUGCUCAGCGUGUAUCCGAGCUUACCACCAAGUCUAAGGCUAUCUCUUCAUUUGAAGUCGGCUUUACCGGACAGAGCUCGAACAUGCGCUACGAGAUCUUGCAAGGCGAACUACGGGAUCUAGGAGCAGCCCCGCCGCCUUCGUCUGUCAUUCGACCACAGAAUUCUUCCAUCAGCCUCUUGCAAGGCGAAUUCUCUAACCUCAUUACCUCCGUGCUCGACAGGCGCCCAGAGACUAUGGUCACGAAUGGCGAUUUUAUGAAGACCCAAGAAGUGAAGCUCCUCCGCGAUAACGUUCAGCAGUUAAGCCGUCGUCUAAGCACCCACUACCGGUCUUACGAUGACAUCGCGACGCCUAUUGUUCGUUUGCUCCAGGUUUUGGAUCUUGGAAUGUUCCUGGCUUCAAGCCAGUCUGGCGAGGUCCAGAUACUGAAGGCAGUCAGUGAAAUCACGCCGUUCCUCGGUGGUGUCAUCCACCCGGAGUCGACUUUAGAUGGCGCAAGACCGUCACCAAGCUCAAACCGUGUACUCGAUAUUAGGUUCCACGAGCUGUCAUCCCUGGGAGUCGCGGCAAAUGCAGACUCUACGGUUCUUCAAGGACAAAAGGGAAGGGAUGCUCUGCGUCGGAUUUUCGAGCAGUUCCACUUCUUGUGGAAGACAAAACUUCGUGAAGACCAAGAGGAACAAGCGCAAAAGACCAACCUGUAUCGAUACCGUGGUUCUUGGGAGGACGAAGAGCAAGUGGACGAAAGCGAGUUGCGUGAGAUGUUCCCCACAUAUGACAGUGACGCUGUGGAAGAAGGCAAGGAACCGAACCGUUUCGACCCCAAGGCUAUCUCUGACCGGCUCGCUACGCUUCAUGCGAAGCUCUUUGAGCCCAACGACACGGAACGAACGCUGUCGACCUUCGUCAAGGAAUCCGCUCGUCUCCUGGGAACUCUUUGGUCAGAAAGCAAGACCGCGAUCUCGCCGAUCCACCCAAAGGAACAUCUCCCCGGUGUGCUGUUACUGCUUGACGAUAUGACUAGUGGAGAACCGCAGAAGUACAACUUCUACACGGACUCGAACCUCACAGAAGCCCGGAAACUCAUUGCCUUGACAGUCUCUGUGCAGUCGCGUUUCAUUCAACUCCAGACCGCAUGGCCUGAUCACGCGGUGCUUCAGGACGUCAUCAUGUACUGCAAGGAAAUCUUCCAGUUCAAGCACUCUGAGCCUGUUGCCAAGUUCCUUACCAAGGUCGAGAAGCUUCACGGACUUGUCCAUGAAUGGCAGCUUGUAGCCAGCCGAGAAUAUUCCGCCGCCCCGCUCUACGAUGAACUGACAAGUACGAUCAUCAACUGGCGGCGUCUCGAGCUGUCGACGUGGGCAAAGCUUCUAGACAUUGAGAAGGAGAAGUGCGACAAAGACGUGAGUUCCUGGUGGUUCGUCGCGUACGAAGCGAUCAUCGCAGCUCCACUGCAAAUGGCAGAAUCUGGCGAGGCGGACAUGGGUGGUCACAUCCAGGAGGUCAUCGCAACCCUUGAACAAUUCUUCCUCUCGACAACCUUGGGACAAUACAGCGAGCGUCUACGUCUCGUUGAUAACUUCCGAUCUUUGCUACUGCUCUACGUUCAAGACUAUCCGUCCCUGGGCCAGCUUGUUUCCGGCCUCCAAAACUUUAUCGAGCACUACAAGCCAUUCGAACCUCUCGUCAACAAACUCCUGGUUGAGAAACGCGCUGGUCUCGAGAAGGACAUCAAGGAGCAAAUCCAACUGGCUAGCUGGAAGGACACUAACAUCAUUGCCCUCAGGGAGAGUGCCAAGCGUUCCCACCACAAAUUGUUCAAGCUUGUUCGGAAGUUUCGCGAAGUCCUUGCACUUCCUGUCCAAUCGACCCUUGAGCAGGGAAUGUCUGAGUACGAUGAGGAGCCUAACGUUACUCCUGCUCGCACUGACUCUCUGCCUACGGCUGUUAUUCCGGAAGCGCUGGACAUGUGCCAGAAAGACAGCGCGCUGUGGCUUAACCGGGCACCCCGGUUCAAGAAUACGGAUACCACAGUCAACAACAUGACGCAGCUGUACUCUUCCAUGCCUUCUGAGUUCGACAUCUCCGAGGACAUUGGCAGCUUCGUUGGUGCCGUCAUUGGUGGCAUCAAUGAUUUCAGGUCCCAGACGCCGAAGAUGCUGACAGAAGACAACAAGGAGGAUGUUCAGCACCUCAAGGUCCAGAAGCGUCGUUUUUUCGCCGAUACUCUACGCCAAAUUCUCGAGAUGGGUAUCAAGCGCAACGCAAGCACCAGCUUGCUCGAAACGCAGGCCUCUUCUGCUCAGGUCCUUGCUACGAUUGCUACCCUCGACGUUAGCCCCAUGUCGUCGCAUUUGAUCCAGAAUGCCAACUCCUACUUCCACAGGUUUUUGGAUCUGUUGCCUCGUACUCGCCAAGCAUCGCGACAAUACUCUGAGGAGCUCAGCAAUGUUGAAGCGUCGAGAAGUAUGGGUUCUAUCGAGCACCUCCUCUUUACCAUUCGGAAGCAGAGAGGUGUCAUCUCUCCUGCGCUCUCGAACUUGAGCUCCUUCAAGUCUACUAUCGCGAAAAUGUCUAAUCUGUGGCAGUCUGGUCUCACGUCCCUCUCUACGUCGCCACGAUCUCCAGUUGAAGGUCAAGAUCUGCUGAAGAUUGCCGCGUGGCUGACUCCUAUUCUUGGAAUGGCUGCGGAAAUCGUCGAUGUACACUCCAGGUUCUCUGGAAUCGAUGCAGCAGUCAUCUCCAAGGGUCUGCGAACAUGGAAAGCCACAUCCGACCACCUGCACAAGUCUCUGGUCAACCUUCCUGAGCUUCCAUCCGGUGUUUCCUCGCAGCAGCAUCAGGCCGUUGUCGAGGAGUCAUGGUCCUCACUCAAUCAACUGACCACCGACCUCGCGAAAUGGACUUCCGAGCGCCCUGACCUGUCCUUCGCACUGGACCAGAUAGCUCCCUGGAUCAAGACGAAGACGGACUCGACCAUGCAGCAGAACGGAACGGUGGCGUUGACAGUCCAAGACUUCGAUGCCAGCCUCCUCACUGCUGUUGACAAGAUACUCGUCGGUCUCCAGAAGUUGAAGGAGGUGCCAACCGCACUCACCUCCGAAGGCACCUUGGCACGCAGUGACGAGUUCUUCAGUCGUACUAUCAAGGCCGUCCGCUUGUCUGAAGUCAGCUCAUCUCUGGAAUCUGUUCUGGACAAGUUGCACUCCGGUGCCGAUAUCCCCUACGCAUCCGCAUUGAUCGCAAGUGUCUUGCCAAUUACGAACAAGUACUACCUCAUCUGCGAAGACCUGAUCGACCGCUUCAUCUCCGUCCAUCGCGAGACAUGCAAGAUGUCCUACGUACUCGCCAAGUCCUUUACGACAAUUGCGUCUGAAGGAUUCUGCCAACCAGCCGAGGCGUCUACCGGCGAGGAGAGUAAAUCUGGCCAGCUGGAAAGUGGUACAGGUCUUGGUGAUGGUGAAGGUGCGGAGGAUAUUAGCAAGGAUGUUGGUGACGAUGAGGAUCUUUCUGAGCUUGCGCAGCAACAGAAUGAGGAAGCGAAGGAGAAUCAAGAGGACUCUGGGGAUGCAGUGAAUAUGGAUCAGGAGGAAAUGCAGGGAGAGUCGGGUGAGCAUAAGGAAGGGGAAGAGGAUGAGGAGAAGGAUGAAGAUGGCGAGGAAGGAGAGGAUGACAUUGAUGAGGAAGUUGGCAGUGUCAACGACCUCGAUACCGAUGCGCUUGAUGAGAAAAUGUGGGAUGGUGAGCAUGAUGAGCAGCAGAAGGAAACUGAGACGCAAGAGGGCAAAGGUGCCACGGAAUCGGACGAACAGACUGCAGCGGAUAAGGAGCAGGAGAAGAAGGACCAAGAACAAGGUGAAAAGAGCAAGGAAGGGGAAGAAGAGGAAGACGAGGAAGACGAGGAGGAAGAAGCUCCGGAUGACGAGGGCGAGGCUGUUGGACGUGAAGAUAUGGAUGUCACUGAUCCACAUGCGAAGGAGGAAGAAGCGCUUGAUCUCCCCGAGGAAAUGCAACUCGAUGGAGAAGAUCAGGGCGGUGAAGAUGAAGGUGAAGAUGAUGAUGGGAUGGAUGAGCUUUCCGACGUGGGUGCGGCACCCGAGGAGGAACAAACUGAGCAGCAAGCGGAAAACGCCGAAGACGCCGCCGACAUGGACCAAACAGCAGAGGAGCAAGGAGAAGGUGAAGGCGAGAACGAGGAAGAGAAGCCCGAGGAUGCUGAAGCCAACGAAGCCGAAGGUGACGACGAGGCCAAUGCCCCCGGCGAGGACGAGGAACAACCAGAAGAAACCGACUUCCUCGCCCAACCCAACGAGAACGAAGCCGCAGGAGAGAACGUUGCUCCUAGCGAAGCUGUUAAUGGAGGUAUCGGCGCCGAUCAAGACCAGAACCAAGAGAAGGGUGCGUCCGGCGACGCGCAACAAGAGGAUGGCGCGGCGGAUCCUGCAAACACCGAGCAGCAGACCGGUGCUGCCCAGGACGGCGAAGACAGCAAGCGAAGCCGCGAUGCGGGUGGUGCGGACAAUGACACGAAAUCCGAGAAGCCUGAGAUGCAGGCGUUCAAGAAGAUGGGUGACAUCCUGGAGCAAUGGCACCGUCGUCAAAAGGAGAUCAUGGAGUCGUCGAAGCAGGAAGACGAAGCUGAACAAAAGCUGCCUGAGGAUACCGACAUGGCAGACGCUGACUUUGAACACCUCGCGGACCAAGACGACGUCGCUGACACGCAAGCCCUCGGCCAAGCUAGCGAAGAACAGGCAAAGGCUCUCGACCAGAACAAAGGUGUCGAGUCUGAUGUCAAGCCGACUGAGGAGACUCUGCCCGAUGUGUCGAAUGACCAACAAGAGGAUCUCCCUGAGAACAAGCUUGAUGACGAGAUGCAGGUAGACAAUGACGCAGCUCCCACGGAACGAGAAGGCGCAGGUGCCAUGAUUCCUGGUAACGCUCAGACUCAGGAACGGACAACGGAGUCCCUUGGCCAACAAGACCUCAACGAGGAGCUGGACGAGGUGGACUCCCAUCUCGCUGCCAUCCACCUAUCCUCCACCCUGCCACCACUCACACCCCGGGACGAAGCCCAACGCCUCUGGUCGCACUACGAAUCAGCCACAAACGACCUCUCUCUCUCGCUCACCGAGCAACUCCGCCUCAUCCUCGCCCCAACCCUCGCAACAAAGCUCCGCGGCGACUUCCGCACCGGGAAACGUCUCAACAUCAAACGCAUCAUCCCCUACAUUGCCUCCCAGUACAAGCGUGACAAGAUCUGGAUGCGCCGCUCCAUCCCAUCCAAGCGCAACUACCAAAUCAUGCUCGCCGUCGACGACAGCAAGUCAAUGCUAGAAAGCGGCAGCGGCCAACUCGCCUUCGAAACCCUCGCCCUCGUCGCAAAGUCUCUCAGCAUGCUUGAAGCUGGUGACCUUUGUGUUCUAGGCUUCGGUAGUGAGGAUCACGUCCGCGUUGCGCAUGAAUUUGGUAAACCGUUCUCCUCGAGUGCGGGCACGGAGGUCUUCCAGCACUUCAGCUACCAGCAAACCGGCACGAACGUGCGCAAGCUCAUCGCGGACUCCAUCGCACUCUUCCGGGAGGCGCGCUGGAAGCAAUCCCCUGGUUCCGGCAGCACUGACCUAUGGCAACUGGAACUGGUCAUUUCGGACGGUAUCUGUGAGGACCACGAUACCAUCCGUCGCCUUGUGCGCCAGGCUCAGGAGGAGCGAAUCAUGGUUGUCUUUAUCAUCGUGGAUGCUGUCAAGGGAAGCUCGAUCUUGGAUCUCAGCCAGGCGAGCUUCGAGCCAGAUGUUGAGAGUGGUACUGGGGAGAUGAAGCUGAAGAUGAAGAGGUAUCUGGAAGGUUUCCCGUUCCCGUAUUAUUUGGUUGUGCGUGAUGUGAGAGAGCUGCCUGCCGUUUUGGCAACGGCGUUGAAGCAGUGGUUUGCUGAGGUUGUUGAUGUUUCUUCUUAA